CUAGAACACACUCCUGAAGAUCAUUUUUUUCUUUUGUGUGGAAUGUUAUUCUAAUUUCUUUAUAUCUUAGCAAUUACAUUCAGCAUAUUGAAAUGAUUUGCCUCUGAUAGUUUUAGCUGUUAUUGACAUGUUUUUCACAACCUAAUGCCCAGCACUGAAUUAAUAAAUGCGUUUAAAAUAUAAAAAAAAUGUUAAAAUUAAAUUUGGAUAAUAUUCUUCUUAUUAUCUUCAAUACUUUCAACCAACAGGUGAUCACAAAAAAUUGCCCUUUUUUUCUGUUUUUGAAAAAUGUGAUUGACUAGAUUAUGUUGUAUGGCUGGAUGACAAAUAGUGUUUGUUGGUCAUGUUAGACAGUUGUCCUUUUCAUACAGUAGGAAAUGACCAUAAAACACAUUGGGGACACAAAUAUGUGUCCUUCAAAAAUUAUGUUGCAUAUAUAUUCCUAUCUAUUUUUUUUUUUAGAAAUGAUAUAAUAUGAAAGACAUAUUCAGCAUAGACUUCCGUGAUGCCAUUCGAAAAGUUGUAAGAACGGAACUAAAAGAGAAAUUUGCAAUAAAGCCUCCCAAAGAGAAGCUUAACAAAUGUCAGGAUGGGGAAAAUGAAAGUAAGUUGUUUGGUGUACCCCUUGACAAAAUACCAUCAAAAAGCAUAAAAGACGACCAAUACUUUUCAGUGCCUAUGUUUUUGAUUGAUGCCUUUGAGUACCUAAAUGAACAUGUCAAAGUUGAAGGACUGUUUCGAAAAUCUGGAUCUGUUGGUCGACAAAGAAUGUUACGAGAGAUAUUAGAGCGCGAUGGAACUUGUUGUUCGUGUGAUUUUGUCCAGCCACAUGAUGUAGCUGCUCUUGUAAAGCAGUUCUUUCGGGAACUUCCAGACUCUUUAUUAACAGGGCGGUAUUCGCCUUUAUUUAUCAAAUGUUUAUCACUAAAUAAUAUGAACGACGCAAUAUCAGCUAUUGCAUUGUGCUGUUUAUUGCUGCCAGACGAAAAUUUGCGUGUGUUGAAGUAUUUUACUAAGUUUAUUGCUGAAGUUGCCAACCACUCUGUUGAAUCAAAAAUGACGUUAAAUAAUCUUGCUAUAGUGUUUGCACCGAAUUUAAUGUGUACUGCUGCAAAAGAUCGAAAUAGCGAGAAGUCUAUGAAAGAAGCCACGCAAAUAGUUGACUUAUUAUUCAAAAAUUCUCAUUUAAUUGGAAUGGUACCAGAUGCCUUGUAUACAAAAGCAGUAAAUGUAAAUACUGAAGGUGGCUUUUACAGUUCCUCCGGAGAUGAACUUGAUACUGCAGAUGAAGGUGGAAGACAAGGACGAACAUUAGCAAGGUCAGAUAAGAAAAGAGACCGUAGCAAAUCAAUUACCGGUUUUCUAAAGCGUAAUUUUAAACAAAACGAGAGAGGGACUCCUAAACCGCAUGCUCGAUCAAGAAGCGAGAAGGCUGUAUCACUGCGAAAAACAUCACGAAAGAACAGUCUGACGAAAAGAAAUUCUGAAAAUGACAUGCUGUCCAAUGUAAAAGGAUCUAAAGAUCAACCAUGGAGAAUAGAUCGACCCACCAAAAGACCUAGCAACACAAAGACGAACAUUAGUCCGGUAAGAAAAAGUCCAAGACUUGCUCACAAACUGGUUAUUUCACCACCCACGUUGAAAUCAAUGCCGCACCAAGUACAUAUAACUCCAAGACGCCAUCUUCAUCCUGUAGAGAAUUCACAAAGAAACAAUCAACAGAGGGAGACCAAGGAGAAAUUAAAAGGACCAGUGCUGCCAUCCAAAUUUGAAUUCACUCGUGCAACGUCUGAGAAAGUAAAGGCCUCACAAUCUAACAUAAAGUUGUCCAGGUCAAAGUCUAGUAACACAUAUAUGCCAUCCACACAGAACACGACUGAACUUACUAUACCUCAACCUAAAAUCAGCCGCUCUACGCAGAAACCGCAUGUUAGGAAGUCUCGACGAGCUUCCUCCAUGGACAGAAGACGAGCGCGAUACGCAAGCUCAAACAGAAUUCGUCGUGUGUUACCGAAAACGCCAAUAGAACUGGCAGCAGAGGCGUCUAAGAAUUUAGUAACUACUACUAACGAAGAAGAAAUUAACACUGCCUUUCUGGAAAAGACGUCUUCUCCACUUGACACGUCACCAAAUGCAGAUGUGUCGAACGAUUCUUCUACAUCGAAGUCGAGUUUACACGGGAGAAAAAAUAUUAGUUCUUGCACGCGAAAACAAACAGAUGAAAACUCCCCAGUUACGCCGGAAGGUAAAACGAUUCAGAGAUCGAUAUCGACCGCUGUUCGCAAACCCGCUACGCCUUAUAGUGUUACGCCUCAAGUGGGCGUCAAGAGGCUGCAGCCAUUCUACGGAGUUAUCUGAGAUAGCUUCACGCUUAUUUAUUAUUCGGUUAUUUUACGUAGAAAUUUAAAAUUUGUAUCUUCACUAAUACAAGACCUUGUUAUUUUCGGUUUUCUUUGGUAUUAAAUUAUGGAGAACAUGGGGUAUCGGAUAAUGAGGGGGGUUAGAAAAUAUUUCAACAAUUUGCAAUCCAGAGGGGAAGAUUUUUCUGCACUUUAAUCUCCUUGAACAAUUCUUUUAAAGUAUAUACAUAUUUGUAAAUGCUUCCUUGUUUUUAACUGUAGUUUAGUUCAACCUAUAUGUUUUAGAGAAAAAAUUAUAUCUAAUAAAUAUUAAAACUUUAA